GAAAAUCUAAUCAAAGUCAUUCAUCACAUUUUCUGCAGCUACUUCCACCAACAUUGCAUACAGAGCACUUGUGGCAUUGUCCCCUGCCCAACGCUCUCGCUGAUAGUUACACACAACCUACACGCAUAUAUGCACUGUGUGAGCCCUCACUUCUUUGUUCGUUCUACUAUAAAUCCAUGGUCUGCUCAACACAAACUUCGUCAUCUCAUCUGCAAGCAGCAUCACAGUCUACAACACCCCUUCAGACUUUGAGAGCCAAAUUAAGUGAAAUUUAGCCAGCCAGGAAUACAUCAGACUCAACCAUGAUCCAUCCAAAGAAGCUUGCUCAGCUGGCCAAGAAGUGCCAGCGGAUGUUGGUGGCCGGAGCCGGUGCCCGUCGCCGGCAGGCUUCAGACACGGCCGAUGAUGAAUGCCGCAGCACAACUUCAUCUGUGGUCGCUGAUGAGGGCUACUGCGUGGUGUAUGCCGCUGACGGAGCACGGUUCGAGGUCCCUCUGGCGUACCUCGGGACGACGGUCUUCGCCGAGCUUCUGAGGAUGUCAGAGGAGGAGUUUGGCUAUGCAAGCGGUAGCGAGGGAGGCAGGAUCAUGCUGCCCUGCGACUCCACGGUGAUGGAGUACGUCUUGUGCCUUGUCAGGAGAGAGGCCUCUGAGGAGGUCGAGAAGGCAUUCUUGAGCUCCAUUUCUGGGCACUGCCACAACUACAAUGCUUGCUGCAUGGCUCCAUCAGUGGGAAUCAACCAUCAAUUUGCUCUUUGUACUUAGCUACUAGCUUAGCUUCUGGAACAGUUUCUUGGUUAGGAUCAAGAGGAGCUCUAUACAGUUUUAUGUAAGAUCGAUUAUCACAGGAAAUGAUACAAAAGGGCCUCAACUUUCUGGUAGAAAUUGGAUUAUUUGACACAUCCUUUAUAAUAGUUCAUAUAGAGUACUGAAGAAAGUAGAAGGAAACCACGAGUUUUCAUGGUCGUGAUUUGUGGGGUCAGGAAGCAGCAGCUAAAAGCAGAGGACAGAAAUGGCCAGACGGUGGAUGAAUUGGGUGACAGUGCAGCGGAGGGUAUGGAGAUGGGGAGGUUUAGAUGAACAAUCACCAAUCUGCUGUUCCUACCUCUAACCAGAACCAUCGGAUUGAGAUCGCGUGUCCUAGAUGGAGGCGGGUUGAGCAGUUACUGUUCUGGUCAGAGGCUUAGAACCUUACAGCUAGGAAUGGCGGUUUGUCACCUAGGAAAUGAAUGCACCGCUGGAAGUGUUCAAUUCUCUUUCCUCCUUGGCUUGCCACACUUUGGUGAGAAUCCCAGACUAGAACUAGGAGUAGGUAGCAAAGCAAGCGAAUCUCUGAACAAAUUAGAACAUAAUGCAUCCCUCUGUUACAUGCUUUUGUUGUUCUGUUCUGUAGACAUUGCCCAGAAAUUCAAUGAGCCUUGUAGUUGAACAUCAUUACUGUUGCA